GCACGCGAGGAUGUGUGCCAAUAGCAUGGCGCGCCUGCUCCUCUGCCUUUGCGUCUGUGUGUCACUCGCCGAGCCGUGCUUCAUUCGGAACUGUCCCCGCGGAGGCAAGAGGGACGCGGGCACUCUUCGCUCGGUGACGAAGCUGUGCCCUCAGCCGCUCCCCGGUGUACGGCCGCUAGGAGGAGGCGCUGUGGCAUGUACCGCGCGGGCUUCCCUGCUGCAUCCAUGCGCCCGGCUGCGGGGCUCCUCCUGCGGGGAGACGUCGAGUCUGGGACCGCGAGCUCGGCUGGGCAGGGUGGCUCCACUCCGCGGGGUCGGAGGCUGCGCGCUGCGUCACCCCGUGCCGCACCCGGGUCCUAACCCGUGCCUCGACAGGCACGGGGUGUAUACCCCGAGCCUCUGCCGCAGUGUCCAAGACCGUCGAUCACAUGGAUGCAGAGCCAUCGGCGCUCGGCCCUAGCGGAGACGAGGAGACGCAAGCGACGAAACCGAGCAGACUGCAGACUCAAUUCCUGAGCCACCUGUUGCAAAGGGCACGGCUGGCGCGAGCCACUGAGCACCAUCGCAUUCAUCAGCCUCCUUACCUUUGCGAGCGCGCGGGCUAAUCAUGAUGAUUACGAUGUUGAUGAUGAUGAUGAUGCCAAUUACUCCGUAUGAUUUUGUCCCACGAAGCCAGUGCUGCAUUGGUCGAUGGGACGUGUAACCCGAUUCUGCACAACGUGCCGAUUUACUUUGGUUUGUCACGGGCAUUAUAUAAUUUUCACGGCUGUACUGUUGUGAGGUCUUCGGUGUGUUUUCUGACAUGAUCCGGGAGAUGUCCUGAGCACGUGGUGCGAAACUUCGGACAUCAUGCUGAGCAACGCGCAGUACAACUUGAAAACAUCGGAGAGCCAAAUGUGUGCGAUGCUUUGCAUCGUCUUUAAUGUAUUGUGGAUAUGUCUAACGAUUUUUGUAUUAUUAUAAUUACUGCAAGUACUGUAUUCGACUUUGGGAGAGCGGUGACGCAGUGGUUAGCGCUAUGAACACAGCCUCCUGAGUUCAAUACUCGUAGAGCAAUGCGCUAAUUACCGCCCCUCUCCCGCCCUUAGUCUGCUGCGACAAUGUUGUAAAUACAUAUUUCAACACGUAAGCCAAAGUUACACAAGCCUCUAUUGCAGUGGUCUUCAUUGCAAGGCCCGCGCGCCACUGCCAGUCCCUGGCGGCCUUUAGUGCGGCUCCCGACAAUACACCAACGUGACAAAACCUCCCCAUCAUCGCUGUCAAAUCCCAAUGGUUUCAAAUGUGUGGCGGGUGUCACGCUGAUGAUGUCUUAUCGGCGACAGUGCCCCCCCCAUGAACAUUGGUGAAGUACACUGCCCUAUUGGCAAAUGGAAGAGCACGUCCCAAUGGAUUCUAGAUUUGAAGCUUUCGUGACUGCAAGGAUUCAUAUUCUUAGGUUUUUCGGUAAAGUCACGUAGGUAAAAAAAAUAAAAAUUAAUAAAAGUAAAAUAAAAUAAAAAUCACGACGUUUCGGAGGCAACACAAGCUUCCGUCUUCAGGUGGAACCGCCACAGCCCGACAGCGAAGUAAACUGCGGUGCAGAACAUUCAACUUCACGUUCACGUGACAUCAUCGCUGUCACAUUGGCUUACGUAGGAACGUUUUGCCGUUCGUUGCGUGCGCGUCGCGUAUUGCAGUUUGCAGUUGCGUGCGUUUAAAGAGUUGAUUUUACCAAUAAAAAAUAAAUGCACUCGCGACGACCGCUUCCAACGAGGUUAUUGGGAAAGAGGUCAGUCAGGGUCAGGUGGCUGAGCGGU